CCUCAGGCGAUGGCGAAUGGCCGUGACAAGACUGCUUGAACGAGACAAAAAAAGAAAUAGUUUCGUUUAAGACCGUCGCAUCACGAAAUUUCUUGGCAUAAGAUCUGACCUUCAGUUCAUACCGUCACACUUCAGCUGCUCUUCACCGAAGCACAACGAAAGAUCAGAGUUCUAUUUCAAAGAUGGGGAUUUUGUUGUCAUGGAAACUGAUACUACUUGCGUCGAUUCUUGGUCUGACAAGUUUUGCUUCUUCAGAAUCACCCAAUCUUCUAAUUGGUCCCACCUCAUCUGAUACUCGGCAGGAUAAACCGCUGCCGAUUAAACUUUCCUCCGUGCAGCAUGAGUCCCUCUGCAUCAACAUUUACGACAGUCAAACAACUAAAAACAGCAAGACAAUCUAUUUCUACUCGCCGAUGGCUCUGUUACGUCACCUGAAUGUCGCUUCUAUUAACAAUCAAACGGGCACCCAUGGAACUCUCAGUGUCACUUUUUCAAUUUGGAAUCCAGAACUCAGAAAAAAAGUGGCCCAACACCUUACUCAACUCCUCAGUCAACAGAUCGAGCUCGAUCAAGUGCAAGUCUUCGAUUUCGACAGUAUCAGGCUGACCAGCAAAGAACAAUCUGCUGAUUUCUCAUUGACUAAUGAGUGGCUCCCAUAUGCCAACCAGUUAUCACUCAGGUUUACCUUGAUCUGUCCGACACGGGAAGAUUGUGAUCGAGUCAAGACUCAACUGCGCAUCAGCCCUAAAGAAUUCGAACAUUUGCGACUUGCUUUUAAGCCAAAAUUGAACGACGAUGAUUGUUUCAUUGAUGGAGUUGGUGUAUCUAAAGAAAGUGAAUUUCCAGUACAACUCAAAGAAUCAUUGGCAAAUCUUGAAGCUAAAUUUGCGAAAGAGCUGAUCUCCAUUAAGGAAGAAACUAAAAGGGAUUUUGAAGCAAAUUCACGGAUGGCAGCUAAAAUAAAAGUCACUGAAGAAAAUCUAGCGGUGGUACAAAAGAAGUUGGAAAUCACAGAAAAAGAGUUGGAAGCCACCAAAACAUCAUUGACCGUAACUAGGAUCGAAUUAAGUAACACGAAAUCCAUAGUCGAUGAUCUGAGUCAACUGACGACCAAAUUAAACGCAAAUUCGCAACGGUUAGAUCAUAAACUGAAAGCCACCGAAGACAAUCUGAGAAAAGAACUGAGCGCAACUUUAAGUCAUUUGGAAACUGCAACAACAAAUUUGGACUCAACGAGAACGGAAUUGAACAGCACAAAUGUUGUCGUUGCUGAUUUUUUAACACAAUUAAAUGCCCGAACGAGGCCUAUAGUUGACACCGGUAAAAUGCCAACCUCAUGUGACGAUCUACAACAAAUAGGACAUAAACUGAGCGGAUUCUUCUCCGUCAAAGGAUCGAAGAAGAUGGAAAUGGUUUACUGUGACUUUUAUCCUAAUCAGAAUGAUUUACAGAAAUGGAUUGGAUACGCCGAUGUCAAAUCAGCACCUGUCUAUUUCUACGUCCAAAGAAAUUCUUCGUUCGUCACAACGAAAACUCCGAUUCCGUUCGAGUUGGCGCGGGUGAACGAGGGAAAUGGCAUUGAUUUGACAUCGGGGAUAUUCACGGCACCGCGACCGGGAACUUAUUUUUUCUCAUUCACGGGAAUGGCCAAAUUUUCAAAUUCUUCAACUCUUGUUGGUUUAGGAGUUGUUCUUUAUUUGAACGGGGGUCAAAUCGGAUUGGGGUAUGUUGAAGAGGCAAACACCAUCGAUAAUCAAUGGAGUCCGCUGACCCUUCAGUCGACGCUAAACUUAAAAAAAGGCGAUCGAGUUUGGGUGCAGAUUGAUUUCUGGACAUGUUCUUGUCAGUUUCUGAGUGACAACGAAAACCACAAUAAUCAUUUCACGGGUUUCAUGUUGGAGGAGGAAAUUGUGGAGUCUCUUUAAAGUUUAGUGUUCAACAUCCAAAAUCUCCUCAUCGACUCGAAAACUUUUAUCGGAUAAUGUAAGGGGGGAUAAAAAAAAUGCAUUUGUUUCUAAUUCAUUAAGGGGUGAGCAUCUUUACAAAAAUUAACUGUGUUAUGCUAUAACAUUUACUGAAUACACAAACCAAUUUUCAA